CCGCGCAAAGAGACCAAAAAUCCCCAGACCCCAGGAAUUAAAUCCAUGUGGAGGAAAAGCGGGAUACCCAGAGCGCCUAGACUUGGCCUACCCACAAUGUACGUUGCACAUGUAAGCUCCUCUUUUUUCUGUGCGAUACUAAUUCCCCAUCUGAAUAAAGACGGAUAACUAUGAGUAAGAUUUAAGGUAAAAAGAAGAAAUAAUCACCACAGAAAAUUAAUAGCACUAAAAAAUAAAAAUAAAAAAAAAUAAAACCCUGGGCAUGGGGUGGUCUUCACUUCUAUGCUGCACGUGUCUCCCCGCACGCUCCUCCUCCGCGCCGAGCUACCCCAACUCUAAACCCAAUUCCUCGGGGUCGACUGAAAAAAGGGCGCAAGCUGAGCUACACGAGCGACCUUCUCCUCACAUCACUACCACAAAAUCGCCACCCUCAACACCUAAACAGACAGCUUUCGUCCCAAGUUCACGAACUUCUUUGAGGAAAGAUCAGAAAAAUUCCAAUCCCAAUUCUGAUUUUAAUUCCAAUAUCAAGAGAGAAACCCAGAGCACCCAGAGCAGCAUCACCAAAAUGGGCGAGGCCACACACCACAAGAGCUCGGGCUCUUUCGUAGGCGCCAUCGAUCAGGGCACUACCAGCUCGCGCUUCCUCAUUUUCAACACUACUGGCGAGGUCGUUGCAUCUCACCAGCUCGAGUUCAAGCAAUAUUAUCCUCAACCUGGCUGGCAUGAACACGACCCGCUCGAGAUUGUUUCCUCGGUCGAGACGUGCAUCGAUGGUGCCGUCCAGGCUUUCGAGGCACAGGGCCACGACCCGCGCCAGAUCAAGUCCGUUGGCAUCACCAAUCAACGUGAGACCACGGUGGUUUGGGACCGCACCACAGGCGAGCCUCUUCACAAUGCCAUCGUCUGGACCGACGUACGCGCCUCGGACCUGGUCCGCCGCCUCAAGCGACGCCUGGGCGCGUCGGAGCUCACCCAGCGCUCCGGCCUGCCCCUUAGCACCUACCCCUCGGUCAGCAAGCUCCUGUGGAUGAUUGCCAACGUCGACAAGGUCCGUGAGGCCUACGACGCCGGCAGGCUCGCCUUUGGCACCAUCGACACGUGGCUCGUGUAUCGACUCAACGGCGGCGUCGACAAGAACGUCUUCGUCACCGACCCCAGCAACGCGAGCAGGACCAUGUUUAUGAAUAUCCACUCGCUCGAGUACGACGAGGAUCUUAUUGACUUCUUUCGCCUCGACACGGAAAAGGUCGCCCUGCCCACCAUCGUCCCCUCGUCCGACCCCAAAGCCUACGGCUCCCUUGCCGGCACCUCCCUCAAGGGUGUCCCCAUCACGGGCUGCCUGGGCGACCAGUCCGCCGCCCUGGUCGGGCAAAAGGCCUUUGCGCCGGGCCUGGCCAAGAACACGUACGGCACCGGCAGCUUCAUCCUGAUGAACGUGGGCGAGAAGCCCGUCAUCUCGACGCACGGCCUGCUGACGACGGUGGCGUUCGAUUUCGGGCCCGGCAAGCGCUUCUACGCGCUCGAGGGCAGCAUCGCCGUGGCCGGGUCGAGCGUCAAGUUCAUGGUGGACAGCUUUAAGUUUGCCGAGUCAAGCGCUAAGCUCAGCGCGCUGGCCGAGUCGGUCCCGGACAACGGCGGCGUCGUCUUCGUCACGGGCUUCAGCGGCCUGUACGCCCCUUACUGGUACGACGACGCCAGGGGCACCAUCUUUGGCAUCACCAGCUACACCACCCCGGCCCACGUCGCCCGCGCCACCCUCGAGGCCACCUGCUUCCAGACAAAAGCCAUCCUGGAUGCCAUGCACAAGGACAGCGGCAAGGCGCUUGAGGAGCUUGCUGUUGACGGCGGCAUGUGCAACUCGGACUUGACCAUGCAGACCCAAGCAGAUCUCAUCGGGAUGCCCGUCAACAGACCACAGAUGCGCGAGACAACGGCCUUUGGUGCCGCUAUCGCAGCCGGCAUGGCCUCCGGGGUGUGGAAGACGUUUGAAGACCUCGACGAAGUCAACACUGAAGGCAGGACGUUGUUCAAGCCGCAGAUCUCGCCAGAGGAGAGCUCGAAGCGCUUUGCAAGGUGGGAAAAAGCAGUCGAGAUGAGCAGAGGGUGGAUGUCUUGAUUUUCUUUUGUCGUUGGUUGUUUUUUUGUUUUUUUUCUUCUUCUUUGCUGCUGGGUUUCUUGCAUGGUUCACUUUGGAGGUAACGUUUGCCUUUUUUUAUGAUUUGUCGCGUGAUGUUUUUUUGUUUUUUUUUCAAUGAUAAUGACGUUCUUUUGCAUCGGUCAUGCGGGAAAGGGUCGGAUACAUGCCUGUUCAUCGAUGGCAAUGACGGGCCUUGCCGUGAAAGCUAAAUUGGCCGAAAAUUACUUUUAGAGUUAUCCGACUUGCUAAAGUCAGCAAAAUCUGAUGCCUAUAUUCCCAGAGACCCUUGCGACGAUAGGCUGCAUAUCCCGGUGGGGAAGCUCACACGCCAUAAGUUAGGAAGAUAACCAAGUAGGUUGUUGCUAAGUGUAAUUUUGG